AUGUCGCAGUCCGAGGAAGUGGCAAGGGGCCGUACCACAAUCCGACCACAGACCAACUACAGACCGACCACAGACCGACCACAGACCGACCACAGACCGACCACAGACCGACUACAGACCGACCACAGACCGACCACAGACCGACCACAGACCGACCACAGACCGACCACAGACCGACCACAGACCGACCACAGACCGACCACAGACCGACCACAGUCCGACCACAGACCGACCACAGACCGACCACAGUCCGACCACAGACCGACCACAGACCGACCACAGUCCGACUACAGACCGACCACAGACCGACCACAGUCCGACUACAGACCGACCACAGACCGACCACAGUCCGACUACAGACUCAGACCACAGACAGACCACAGACCGACCACAGACCGACCACAGACCGACCACAGACCGACCACAGACUCAGACCACAGACCGACCACAGACCGACCACAGACCGACCACAGACCGACCACAGACCGACCACAGACCGACCACAGACCGACCACAGACCGACCACAGUCCGACCACAGACAGACCACAGACCGACCACAGACCGACCACAGACCGACCACAGACCGACCACAGACCGACCACAGACCGACCACAGACCGACCACAGACCGACCACAGACCGACCACAGACCGACCACAGACCGACCACAGACCAACCACAGACCGACCACAGACAUAA